AUGGCCGGGCAGGGCGAGCAGCGGUGGCCUUCGGCGUCAGCAGCAGUGCGGAACGGGGCAGCGGGCGGGGGCCUGCGCGGGCGGCGGAUGGCGACGCGGUGCGGUGUGGUGACCGCGGCAAUGCUCGAUGCUCUGGACGGCGCGGUCGAGAGGCCGGGCGAGCACGACGAGCCUCCACCCACCGAAGCACCGAACCGUUCUUGCACCGCCGCGACGGCGCUGCUCGGCGACGCUCUGCGGCAGGCCAUCAUGCCGCGGGGUGCGUACGAGGCGCUGCGGGACGAGGAGCGCGCGCUGCGGCUAGCAGCGGCGGCUGCCGCCUGCGUCGCCUUCUCUACCGUUGCCGCGGUGGGGAUCAGCCUCGGGAUCGUGUUUCCAGACGAGCCCGCGGACCGGCCCUUCUGCCGGGAGCGCCGCAUGCUGGAGGCGCUCCCGGCAGCUGCUAGCAGCCGGGAGGAGGAGCCCGAGGCGUAUCGGUACCGAGGCGGGGCUUUCUACAUGACCACGGCCGAAGCCGCCGACUUCUACUGGAUGGUCGUCUUGGUGCCAUCCGCUGUCCUCUUCGCCGCAUCCGCCGCUUACCUCGUAUCAGGAAUAUCUGUUGCAUAUGCUGCUCCAAGGAGGCAUCCGUUCAUUUGCAUUGUCGAGAAUAACUUCUGCACUUCUAGAAGAGGUGGUAUGCGUUGCCUGGCUAUAGUGAAUGCAGUUUCCGCCCUCAUAUUUGGUCUCAUGGCAAUAGUCUUUGGAUCAAUGCUUCUGGCCCUUGGAAGUAGUUGUUCGAUUCCUCUCUUCUGGUGCUAUGAAAUUGCAGCAUGGGGUUUAGUUAUCCUUUACGGUGGUACAGCCGCCUUCUUGAGAAGGAAAGCGGCAGAGGAGGGCGAUUAUGCUAGCCAUAUUGUGGGCCUUGAGAUGCUCGAGACCACAAUUGAGGUGAUCCCAGAGGCGCAGAGGCGUGUAAACGAUGGCUUCAAGACAUGGAUGGGGUCAUCGCUUCUAUCUUCAGACGAGGAGGAAGCUUUGGAUGACUAUAUAGAGCACAAUGCUCCUGCCCCGAAAGCUUCAGUUCAGCACAGGAAGGAAAAUGAUUUACAAGAGCUGACUUAAUGUAUAAACAGAUGUACAUAGUUCACUUAUUCCUUGAGGUUUGGUGAUGUUGUAAAUGCGUGGCUUGGGUUCCACGGCUUAAAAAUGUGUUAUUUCGUUCGUUUUCCACUGGAGAGCAACGAAAAGUGGGGUUAGUUAGCAAGCCAAAUACAGGGAUCCUUCUUUGGAUCACUUACUAUUCGUCCAUUUCAAUCCGGGGGCGAAAUAGUAAACAGGAAUGCAGUCUCUAUCUUA